AUGGGAGGUGGCAAUGGUCAGAAGAGUGCGACUGCGCGUGAACGCAACAACGCCAAGAAGGCCAAGGAAGCGAAGGCCAAGAACGCUCCUGAAAUGCGAGCUAAGAUGGAAGCCGACCGAACGGCGGUCAAGUGCAAAAUCUGCAUGAUGACGUUUAUGGUGAACGUGGGACGUAACCAAUUGAACGACCACUGGGUAAGCAAACACCAAGACAAGGGCUUCACGCUUGAGCAAUGCUUUCCCCAUUUGUCUUCCUAA